UCAAUUGCGGUUACACAGCGUAGGUCCCAGUUAUUGUUUACAACAGAUUAAAUUAAGGAAUCGUAAAUAUUCAACCUCUUUUUGCCAACUGCUAGACAGGAUGAGUGUGCCGGCGGUGCUGAUGAAGUGCCGGAUCUGCUUAGCCGAUUCCGAAGAGGGGACAAUGAGUUCUCUGUUUAAGGAUGCGGCUGAAGGUGAAGCCCCCCUAAACGAGAAAUUGGAGUUCUGUUGCGGUAUAAAGGUUCGGGAAUCCCUCAAUAUGCCAGGAAAGACCUGUAGCAGCUGCAAUGAGUUCGUGCAAAUGUGGUUCAACUUUCGCCAGAUGUGUCUAAAUUCUCAGGUUUACUGGGAAACCAGUUGUCCAGAGUCGGAGAGACCUGAGGAAAUGGCGGAGGCCAGCGAUGGCGACUAUAUGGAGUAUAUAUAUGCAAAACUACAGCUCAACCUGGGCCAAGAAAACAGCUACCCGGAGGAGAUUAACAAAUCAGAGGAGGAGGACGAGGAGCUGAAUGAUCAAUUACAGGAUGAACUUGAUGUCAACGGGUUUAUCAUAAAUGACCCAAUUGUAGAGGAAGAUCAGCCUAUUAAGGAAAGUCCUGAGCAUAUGCUGAUAUCCCAUCUGGACUCAUAUGACCCAGAAAUGGAAGAGAUUAUCCAAGACAAGGAGACCGUCGAAGAUUUAUCAUUUCUAAGCGACGAGUACUAUGAGAUCGACUAUAAGGAGGAGGAUUUACACGAAGACCACUACGUGUCUCGCAGCCCUUCGCCGAACCCAAGCUCCAAACAAAAUAAGCGGAAGCCAGGAAGACCUCGCAAGUCAGAUAGCGAACUUAAGUUCAAACGCAAGGAUAACAACACCAAGGAAAAGGCAUCAAAGUCUAAAAGCAAGGACGAUGACAAGUUUAUGUGCACUUUGUGUGGAAACGUUUAUUACAAGAAAUCCGUUUUCACCACCCACAUGUUGACCCAUGCGGAAUAUAAGCCGCACCAGUGCGAAAUUUGCCACAAAUCCUUUCGACAAAUGGGCGAACUGCGAGCUCACAUCCGUCGUCAUACAGGUGAGCGACCCUAUAAGUGUAUGUACUGCGAGCGGCACUUCUACGAUCGAAGCGAACGGGUUCGCCACGAGCGAGUUCACACCAAUACGCGUCCUUAUGCCUGCCAGGAGUGCGGCAAGACCUUUACGCACACAGCUACACUUAAGAAUCACAUGCUGGCGCAUUCCGGCGAAAAGAAUUACAAUUGUGACAUAUGCUCAAAAUCAUUUACCCUGCUACACCAGCUGAAAGCCCACCUGCAGACGUUCACCCACCGUAAUAAAUUAGAGCAAGCCAUUCCCACAUCUGCAGACUUCAUUGCAAACAUACGGACGGCCAGGACGAACGAAAUCAUGCCCGAGUAUAUGUUGUGUAGGAUCUGUUUAACAGAAGACAUUAACCCUGAUGCGAUGGCGCCGCUGUUCGAUGAAGACGACGCCCAGUGUCGGGAGCUGGUGCGAAAGAUUGAGGAAGUGGGCAGCAUUAAGUUAGUGCCGCUGCAGAACAUUCCUAGCAUGCUGUGCUACAGCUGCGUGGAACGGCUGACUAGUGCUCACAAGUUUCGGGAGCUUUGCCAGGAGAGCGAGCGGACAUUUGCCACCAAUGUUGUCAAGGCCGAGAUGAAGUCCGAACCAACGGACGAGGUGCCACACAUAGUGUCGGACCACAUCGAGUACAUCUAUGAGUCGGGUAACGAUUUCAUCGAUGGCGUGGAAGAGGACAUCGAAAUGGAGAAUAUGAUGGAAGAGCGUCUGGAGGAUGGUGUUGCGGAAACGACCCAAGCCUACGAGAUCAACACAGUGGAAGACGAAUUGGACGAGAACGACCUGUUGGUGCCGAAUAGCACCGAUAGCGACUACCAGCCUAGCGAACGCUGCCGAAAGCCCAAGGUACGGAAAACGAGGAUGAGUAAACGUGGACGGGGUCGACCUCGUGGCUCUGGCUCUGGACGUCCACGCAGUCUCAGCCAGGAUCGACCGUCUGUUCAAUCGAAUUGCAAGUCUUCACCCGAAGAGUCCUCGACAAACAUCAUGUGUGAGAUUUGUGGCAAUAUUUACGCUAAGCGGGCGGCUCUUAAUAUUCAUAUGCGCCGUCACAUGGCCGAUAAACCAUUUGAAUGCGAAAUUUGCGGUAAAACCUUUGCGGGUCCAUCUGAGCUCAAUCGCCAUAUCCGAGUACAUACGGGAGAAAAGCCAUUUACGUGUAAAUAUUGCAAUCGCUCCUUUGCGGAUCGCAGUUCUAACAUUCGUCAUGAAAGAACCCACACGAACGAACGACCCUUCAGUUGUUCCACCUGCGGCAAGGCAUUCUCAUACUCCAAUGUGCUAAAAAACCACAUGCUUACCCACACAGGCGAAAAACCCUUCCUUUGUCGACCGUGCAAUAAGACCUUCUCCCGCAAGCACCAGCUUGAUCAGCAUAUCGGCACGAUGACCCACCAACAGACCGUUAGGAACCAUCAGAACAAUGAAUCGACGCGGCACUCAGAGAUCUACUAGUCCCAAAUGUGGCAAUUUAAAUUUUCAUAGAUAAUUGUAUAUUUAAAUAUAAAUAGAUAUUGUAUAAUAAAUAGAGUACAAAUGAUCCGAGCCGGAUGUGUAAA